AUGAGCAAAGAUUCUAUGCAACCUCAAAUUCCUGCCUGGACUUCGGUGACAGGUCAAACAUUAGACCUCGGUCGCGCAUCUAGCUUUUCAGGGCGAUGUGCAACUAUCUCUGAUUUCGAAAAGCUCAACAGGCUCGGUGAAGGCACAUAUGGCGUCGUUUUUCGAGCUCGUCACAAAAAGACUUCAGACAUAGUUGCUCUCAAGCAAGUUCGCAUCCUUCCCGAAGAGCGGCAAAAUGGCAUUCCAAUCACCGCACUUCGCGAAAUAUCCAUAUUGCGAUCGCUGAGACACCAAAAUAUUGUCAAUGUGCUGGACGUCGCAGUCGGCCUGGAAUCGUUGGAGGAUAUUUAUAUGGUUAUGGAAUACGCCGAACAGGACAUGGCUGUACUACUUGAUGAGCAAAAAGUAAAGUUCACAAUGGGCCAAGUCAAAUGCCUGUUCAGGCAGGUUCUGGAAGGCAUAGAAUAUCUUCACAGAAACGACAUUAUACAUCGGGAUGUCAAGAUGCAGAAUAUCCUACUCACCUCAAAAGGCACUCUGAAACUAGCCGACUUUGGCAUGGCUCGCGAGUACUCUCCGCGCCCACUCACGCCAGGAGUAGUAACAAUCUGGUACCGGUCACCCGAGCUGCUCCUUGGCACGAAGCGUUACACUCCUGCCGUAGACCUAUGGUCAGCCGGACUUAUCCUAGCAGAGCUAUUAUUGAGCGCACCUUGUCUGCCAGGCGAGAGCGAGAUUGAGCAACUCACAUUAAUUGUGAAGCUGCUCGGCACUCCUUCUCCAGAAGAUCUAUCCGCCUUCUCAGAAAUGGGAUGCCCGCAAUUAAUCAGCUGGAGAAGCACGACUAUGCCUCAAGGCCGAGUCAGCAAUCUGGAGCGGAGAUUCCUUCACGAGACAUCUCGGGAGACAGUACGCUACCUCAGCGGAUUUCUAGAAUGGGACCCUGGCGCCCGAUAUACCGCCACUGAAGCCUUAGGAAGAGGCAGAAGCCGGUUUGCCACCGAUGCGCAGAAAUGGUGGAAAGAGAGCCCUCGGGAGGUCACCAAGGAACUCCUGCCAACUUUUCCUGAGCUGCGCAACGUGCAUAAGUCCAGCGAGGCACGAAACGAAUGGCUUGGAGCGAAACAUGCCGGCAAACCAGAGCCACAGGAGAAUUCAAAGCCUUUAGAAGGAAAUUCCGGAUAUGUUUUUGACUUUGACGAAGGAAGUCAAGUCAGACGACCAACGAAGCGUCACCGAGCGCGAUGAUUAGUAAAUAAAUCGGGCUGCUCUAUUGUGCCUCGUCUUGAUAUGGGACUCUCAAGCUCGUGCAAUUUAUUUGUUCAAUUAAUACCAAUACAUUUCCCACAUAAUUCGUAAGCUGCAAUUGAU